AUGGCGGACGACGCGAAGAGCCGCAAGAAGCAGUGGCGGACGCCAGCCGAAGCGCCUCCACGGGCCCGGUCUCGCGGAAAGACGCCUCAGGACGCUACGGAUCCGACGCCACCACGGGCACGGCCGACGCAGUCGAACCCAAAGGAACGCACCGCGCGCACCGUAGCAGCGAAGCUCGCGCCAGCGCUGCUAGAGCAGCAGCUUCAAGUGCUUCUUACGAGUCACCGCUUCGAAGAGGCCGCAAGUUGGAUCCAGAGCUCGGCGUACCUAUCGGAGAAGUACCAACUUGCAGACGUCGUGCGCCUUGUGCUUGACCAGCGCCAAUUCGACCUCGCGGGACGGCUUAUUCGCGACCUAAAGCUCGGCGAAAACCAAGCACUUGUCACGCUCUUCAUCAAGGAGCUCGUCCGCAGCGGUCAAUUCAAUCUCGCCGUGCGCUACGCCCAAGAGCUUGUCCCGGCGUUCAAUUCCCCCGAGAGUCCUGCGCCUCGCGCAUCGUGGACGCCGCAGACGCUUAUCCAAGCCAUGAUUCGAGCCCAGCAGUACAAGGCAGCGCUCAAGUAUACGAAACAAUUCCAGCUGGAGCGUGUGUUCCCACUCAAGCAGCUCAUCGCGGGAUUGAUGGAAGAGCGUGCUUGGACGGAUGCGUUUGCCGCGAUCGUCCUCGUCGAUCGCAUGAUGAACGAGCAGCAGUGGGCCGCCGCGCUCAAAUGUAUCAAGGGUCGACCCUCGGUGUUCACGACACGUAUGCUCGUCGAGCGCAUGAUCCUCUGCGGCGACUUCCUCCCUGCUAUCGCAGCCAUCAAGGACUUUGGUCUUGGCGCGGACACGCCUCUUCUUCGGCAAAUGCUCGAUUCGAUGCUGUCGUUCAAGGAGCUCUACAAGGCGCUCAAAUACGCGUCCAAGUUCGGCCUCGAUACGGACCCAGCGUACGCACCCCAGUCGCUCAUUCGCGUCGCGCUUCGCGAGAAACAGCAUCACAUUGCUCAGCUGUACAUCAAAAAGUACAAGCUCGAGCAUGAGUUUGCCACUGAACUUGCCGGGAUGGAGUCGGAGAAGCUCGACAAGCUAUUGACAUUUCGGGUGCUAAUGCAGCGGAAGCGUCAUCGUCUUCGUCGCCCCGAGUACCAAGCCAAGUACCGCCUCUGCCUUGGCGACCUCUACGAUCACGACGAGCACAAGGAAGAAGAGAUCGUCUCAAUCGAGGAAACAAUCGUGCCCCGCGCCGCGCGACGUCCGCUUCUUGUCGAAGAUGGCUUGGACGACGAUGAUGAUGACGACGACGAGGUCUUGCUUCAGAAGCCGCCCAUCUUCAACACGGACGACGACGACGGUGAUGAUGUGCCGCACACGUUUCUCUUCAACAAGCCCAAGGCCUCUUCGUUUCUCUCGAGCCUGCACUCGUCGACCACCAUGGACGUGCCGUCCUUCUCGGAUUCGUUCCGCCUCGAUGCGCUCGACGUGGCUCCGAUGGACCGCUCGUUCCAUCUCGACCGCCCGUUUGACCUUGCUGCAUUUGCCAAAACUGUCGAAGCACCACCGCUGCCGCCGUCGAUGCCACCUCCGCUUCCCAAGACGAUGCCGCCAGCCCCCAUGCCGUACCCACCUCCGCCGCCCUCGUCCUCGUACCAGCCGCCGCCACCGCCACUGCCGUCGUACCAACCGCCGUUGCCGCCUCCAGCUUUUUCGAUGCAGCAGUUCUUUCCUCAGCCGCCACCGCCGCUGCAAUCGAAUCCGGCCUUUAACGUGGCUUCCCUUGCGAUGCAGUUCCACGGGCAGCCACCACUGCCGCCGCCGCCGAUGAUGGCACCUCCACUUCCGGCGUCAUUUGCGCCACCGCAGCGCGCGUCGUUCGUGCCCAGCAUCAGCCUCAAGUCGGACGCGGACGCUCCGCGCGCACCGCCGACACGCCGUACGAUGCUCACGCAGCUCCAGCUCAAGGGUCACCACUAG